AUGUGGAUCCGCCAGCUGGAGGUGAAGGUGGUGGACGUAGCCCAUCUGCCCAAGAUGGACUCAGGGAUGUUUGGCAAGUGUGACCCCUACGUUAUGGUCACCUACGGGGAGAAGAAACACAAGACAGAGACUAAGAAGAACACUCUCAAUGCUACUUUCAACGAGAUCUUUACCUUCGACAUCGACGAGGCCAAACUGAGCGAGACGGAUCUGAACGUGGAGAUCUUUGACUGGGAUCGUUUCGGAAAGAACGAGUUCAUCGGAUCGUUUCUUGUGAAGGGGAUAGAGAUGGAAAGGCUGUUGCAGGUGAACAUUGAGAUUAGAACUGGAACUAAAAAUACAGAUGAAGAAGACUCGAAGAAAGCGAAGGAGAAGGAGAAGGAGAAGGAGAAGGAGAAGGAGAAGAAGAAAACUCCACAAGAAUUGCUUGACGAGAGUCUGAAGCAAGUCGAGCAGUUGAAGGAAUCAUUGAAGGAAUCGAAGGAGAGAGAAGCCCAGCUGAAGAAAGAUCUCAAGAAAUCAGAGGAAGUGAAAGCCUGGGCAAUGGAUGUGGUGGAGAGCUUUCAAGGACUGCUACCUACUGCGGUUGAUCAGGAAGAAUGGAAGAUUGUACCAAAGAUCGAGACAGAUAUGCCAUGGUCGUUGUCCGACGUGAGCGUGGAGGCAUCGCAAGGAAAUACAAGAGUAGAAGUGUUUGCUCAUUGCUCGGUGCUGUGGGCUAGAUGUCGAGAACUAAGAGAUCACUUGAAGAAUCUUUUCGAUAAGUUGGAGAAAUACAUUCAAGAGUCGAUGACUAAAAACAAGGAUGACGACGGGAAUUUUGAUUCAUCUACAAAGAAAAAGGAAUUGGUUGAAAUCAUCGAUAUUCAAGACAAUUCUGAAAUAGACGCUAUCAUACAAGCUAUCCGAAAUGAGCUGUUCAAGGACGACCCAGAUGAAAUCAACCAAACCCAGAAGAAGAGUAAUGUACCAGGAACCGUCUCAGGUAUCGGCUUGAGGUGUACGUGUGCACAUGGAUCGGCCGCAAGGAGUUCACAGACAGGCAAGACGACCGUAACGAACGUCUUUCAGCAGGAAAAACCCAAACUCAUUCUGAGAUUUACAAGUGUUGAGAAUCCGACGGUGUUGAAUGAGCUUAUCAAGUAUGUCUACGCCUACGACCCUGGGCUUUUACGACAACAAGUUCGAGUCCGAUCAGAUCAGGGCUUCUUCCCCGACUGGGGUUUCUACAUGUGGAGUGCGGCCAUGGCGAUCGACCCGGAUGGACUAGGGCGGGACUGGCUUCAAGGUCCAACAGCUGGGGGUCUGCACAAGUUUCCUGACGUGUCAACAGAGCUUGUCUUCUUUGCUAUAGAACAUCUCGAAAGCAUCUGCUUCGGGCGUGACGGAGCGCAGGCGCUGACGGCGAGCGGCAUGAAGAUCUUUCUGAGCAAUGAUGAGAUGCAAUGCGAAGAGAUCCUGGUCUUCCAGGCUGUGAAAGACUGGAUUAACGUUCGAUGGAGGAGAAUUGAGGAUGCGUAUGCCAAGUUGCAGGCAGAGAUCGAUAAACGUGUACAAGAAAGCAAGUCUCUCAGCAUCGGAGUUUCACAAUCAGACAAGGUGAAGAAGGAAGAGGCCCGACAGAAGCAACUGCUGGACUUGAAGCCCAAGAUCAAUCACAAGUCUGUGGGCAUCAUCGACAUUGUGAUGCUGGGAACCGGCGGGGAUUUCUGCGCUGUCAUGCAUCAGAACGGCCAUCGUCUCACUCAGGCAGGCGCUCCGCCCCUGGCAUGGAGCCCCAGGAGCGGAAGCAUCAUCUACAACGGAGACUGGGAGUGGAUACACGGCCCUGCCGCCCUCGCUCCAGAAGCCUCGUGGAAGAUUCAAGAAGUGUACCAAGGCAUGGAUCUGUGCUGGACCUCCAGGCCUGAGAUCAUGAAGAUGAAGCUGCACAAGGUUCGAGACAUGUUGUUGACCUUCCUGUACAAACGAGAAGAAAAAAAAGCCAAGGAAAAGGAGGAGAAGAAGACUUUUUUGACGGAGGAAUCGUUCUUUGGCAAUUUUUAUUACAGAUAUGACAUGGCUAGCGUCGACAAGAAGAAUGAAUACAUAGAAAGGAUGUGCAGAUCUGCAAUGUUCUACAAGAAAGCAGAGAAGGAUCUGCUACGAAACAUAGUUGCGGCUGUCGUCAACCAAGGAAAAGACCCCAGACUACACGGCCUUGGAUUCAUCAUCUUUUCCAACAACUCUGACGCCAUCGACGCCAUCGGCACCUUCGACAAGAAGAUGUUCCCUCAUCGGGUCAGCGGAUCUGGCUUUCACCCGUACAAGUGGAUGUGGGACGCGCUGGAGGACGAAGUGCCGAUGAAGUUGAGCUUUGGAGAGAUCGAGAGGGCAUGGCAACAAGAAGAUAUCGAGGGCAAGCAUGAAGCGAUCCUCACUAUCUGCGUCAUUUCCGCCUCGAACCUUCCUAAAGCAGAUGUUCUGGGAACCUGCGAUCCGUAUGUGAAGGUGAAGAUCGGCAAGGGAGGAGGACAGUUCGAGUACGUCACAGACAAGAGGAUCAAGACGUUGGACCCUGUCUGGAAUGAGACCUUCGACCUGCCCAUCUGGCAGCUGGACAACUGCGAGGACUUGACCAUCGAGCUGUGGGACUGGGACAGGUUGACCAAGGAUGAUCUUCUGGGCACGGGGAAGGUGACAGGACAGGAGAUCAGAGGGGUGCUGAGCGAAGCGAGCGCUUCCAAGAACGUGGAGGUGGUGCUCUACCAUGGCAACGACAGGGUGAAGGGCAAGAACCAACAGGAGUCAAGAGUCAGUAUGAGCCUGAGCGUCAAACGACGAGAGUAG